AUGGUUCUACCAACCGAGGAGCCUCCCCCACCCCCCGCUCCUGCUGCUGCCCCUGCUGCCCCUCUCCCACCGGCGCCAUCUUCGGGCACUCUUUCCACUGGACAACUGGGCGCUUUGCUUGGGUCAGUCUUGGGUUUUGCUUUUCUGGUUCUGGUCCUAUGCUGUUGUCUUUCCUGUCAUCGUCGACGCCAACGGCAGGAGCGUGUCAUUGUUUAUGACGGAGGCAGCGACAACAGUGACAGUGAACGCGAAGUCACAAGGGAAUAUUAUACCUCGACACGGGACUGGAACCGACUGAGGGGCCCAGGAGGCCUUGGAUUUGCGAACGCUGAAGGCAUGAUGGGCAAUGCAGGAGGCAUGGCAACCCGAACCAAUGUUGGCUUUACCACGGUCCCACCGCCUGUCAGAUUCCCGCCCACACCGAGGUAUACUCCUUAUCGGCAAUCCAGAUGGCCACAAAUCAGCGGAGUGAGGAGGUUUCCAUGA